CACACACACACACACACACACACACACACACACACACACACACACACACACACACACACACACACACACACACACACACACACACACACACACACACACACACACACGCACACACACACACACACACACACACCUGCACAGUGCAUUAAAGUUUAUACAAUAGCUACCAGUAUUCUUCCUCUGCACGGAAGAGAUGCUGAAGUCUCUGAAAGCUUUUUUGAUUUUAAUAGUUCAUUCUCUAUGUAGCCAGCACUAUGCUCCACUAGACAGCUUUUAAAAAGCAAACCAGUGAGCCAAAUGGAAACUCACUGAGCUUGCAAUUCAGAGGUAUUAAAGAGAGAGAGAGAGGUACGCACAUACUGACUGAGAUACAGUGGGUUUGGGGAGAGUGCAGAUUCAUCCUGUAGAGAUCUCCCCACAGCCUCAGAGAGAGAAAAGGAGGAAUAUUUUAAGACGAGAGAAAUACAGAAUGGGAAACACAUAUGUUUUAAGGGGAGAGAGAGGAAGGAUGUUUUAUUGUGGAGAGAGAGAGGUACGCACAUACUGACUGAGAUACAGUGGGGUUGGGGAGAGUGCAGAUUCAUCCUGUAGAGAUCUCCCCACAGCCUCAGAUUCUUUUUCAUUCGAUGGUCAUCUCCUUAGUGUGUACAGAGCCAUGCCCAGUACACCUGUCGCCACAAUGUGACAGCGACCGUCUGACCACGGAGACCAUCACCUAGACAAUCCACAACACUUUAGAUUCCUAUGGCACUGUAACCUGGCAACAGCAGAUACCUAAGGCGCUGUAACUUGGCAACAACACUGAGUCACCUCAAUCGAAUUGCCACCACUGAAUCGACUCCUCUGAAUCAACUCUUCUCUGCUGUGAGGAUGCUGAGGGUGUCAAUGGUCCUACUGCAGAGGCAGCUAAUCCUGUGUGUGUGGGUGUGUGUGUCCAGUGCACCAGUGGUCCAUUCCCUGCCAUGGAGCGUCUCCUGCCCGGCAGGGUGUGUGUGUCAGAUCAAGCCCUGGUUUCCCCCCCAGUCAUUGUCCCACGAGGUUCCAACUGUGGACUGUAACAACCUGUUCCUGACCCAGCUCCCCUCCCCUCUCCCCUUAGACACACAUACCCUCUGUCUGCAGAGUAACCUGCUGUCUGCCUUGGAGACACCACUGUUACAGACACUCCCCAACCUCACAGAGCUGGAUCUGUCUCAGAACCGCUUCAGCAGUGUUAGGACACUAACCUCAACCCAGCCCCAGACUCCCUCCCUGCACUCCCUACUCUCCUUGCACAUGGAGGAGAACCAGCUCCGGUCCCUGCCCCCUGCUGCCUUCUCUUCCCUGCCUGCCCUACAAGAGCUCUUCCUCAGCCACAACCAGCUGGCCUCCCUGGCUCCUAGAGCCUUCUCUGGCUUGGGCUCCCUGCUACGCCUGCACCUCAACAACAACCACCUGACCUCAAUUGACCCCCUCUGGUUCACCACCCUGCCCUGCCUCCAGGUGCUGAUGCUGGGGGGAAACCCAGUGGAGAACCUCCCUGAACGGGGCUUCCAGGCGCUGGGGUCUCUACGCAGCCUGGUGCUGGGGGGCAUGGGGCUGAAAGGGUUGCCUGAGAGGGCCCUGGGGGGGCUGGACAGUCUGGAGAGCCUGUCCUUCUACGACAACCUCCUCACCACUGUCCCCACACAGGCUCUGAGGAGGCUCCCAGGCCUGAAGUUCCUGGACCUGAAUAAGAACCGUCUGAGUCUGGUUCAGACAGGGGACUUCAGGGACCUAGUCCACCUGACAGAGCUGGGUCUGAACAACAUGGAGGAGCUGGUGGCCAUCGAGAGGGCAGCCAUGGAGAACCUGCCUGAGCUCACCAAGCUGGAGAUCACCAACAACCCCCGGCUGUCCUACAUCCACCCCGAGGCCUUCUUUCAGCUGGGCAGGCUCGAGAGCCUGAUGCUGAACUCCAACGCUCUGACUGCUCUGCACCAACACACUGUCCUGUCUCUGCCCAGACUGAGGAAGGUCAGCCUGCACUCCAACCCCCUCCGAUGUGACUGCCUGUUUCGCUGGGUGGCUGAGGAGCACCCUCACACAGAUGCUGAUGCACACACAGAUACACAGAUGCCACAGGCUGUGAGAUUUAUCCAGCCCCAGGCCACAUUGUGUUCUGAGCCUCCAGAGCUGAGGGCUCGCAGGGUGAGGGAGGUGUCAAUCACAGAGAUGUCAGCCUCCUGCCUCCCCCUCAUCCCCCCUGGCAUCCUCCCCCCCUACGUGGGGGUGAGAGAGGGGGAGAGGCUGGCCCUGCACUGUCGCGCCCUGGCAGAGCCUCAGCCCACAAUCUACUGGGUCACUCCUUCUGGACAGAGACUGGGAUCAUCCAACAACAUCCACAGCCCCAAGCCUGCAUCCAGACCCUUCUCCAAGCCUGCAUCCAGACCCUUCUCCAAGCCUGCAUCCAGACCCUUCUCCAAGCCUGCAUCCAGACCCUUCUCCAAGCCUGGAUCCAGCCUCAACUCCAAGGCUGCAUCCAGCCAGACAUCCAACUACUCCUCUUACCAUUCCCACUUACCCAGCCCAGCAUCUGGCAAUGCCUCUGUCCUCUUUUCCAGCCUCACCCCUUCCUCUCCUCCCCUCCUCUCCUCCCCUGCCUACCGGCUCCUGCCAGAGGGAACAUUGGAGAUCGUCAUGGUGACAUCCCGGGAGGCGGGUCUGUACACCUGUGUGGCUGAGAACACACUGGGGGCCGACACUCACAGUGUGACUGUAGGGGUGCAGGGGCCAGGGAAGGGGUUGAAGCAACAGAUGUUGGAGGGUAGAGGAUAUGGGUUAAAGAAGAGGGUUUUGAGGGAAGGGAGGUCACAUGAGGUCAAGGGUCAAGACAGCAAGCAUGAGGAGCAGCACACAUAUGAAUAAAGCCUAGCUAUAUAAAUAAUGAAUGAUAUUAUACACAUAAUAACAUACACACAUACAUCGUUUCCAAAGAUAACGUCGCUUCCAGGGAUGAUUUAUAGGAUAGAUAUGGCUACCACUCUUGGCGGCGGUGCGGUUAUAGGUGGUUGUGAAGCCCGAUCCAGGAGGCACAUGUCCUGCCGCAGUUGGGACAUGUUAGGGCUGAAUCUGGAGAUGCUUGUGGGAGUGGUUGGGAGCAUUGGGGCCUGUAAAUAGGACAUAUGACACAGUGGCAGUACAUACGACAGUGGUGUGCAGUCAGAUAUGAAUAUAUUUUAUAUAUACAGUACAUUUGGAAAGUAUUAAGACCCCUUGACUUUUUCCACAUUUUGUUAUGUUACAGCCUUAUUCUAAAAUUGAUUCAAUUGUUUUUUUCUCUAAUCAAUCUACACUCAAUACUCCAUAAUGACAAAACAAAAACAGGUUUUUAGAAAGUAAAAAAAAAAAAACUGAAAUAUGACAUUUACAUAAGUAUUCAGACCCUUUACUCAGUACUUUGUUGAAGCACCUACAGCCUCGAGUCUGUAAUCGCUACAAGCUUGGCACACCUGUAUUUGGGGAGUUUCUCCCAUUCUUCUCUGCAGAUUCUCUCCGGCUCUGUCGGGUUGGAUGGGGAGCGUUGCUGCUCUGCUAUUUUCAGGUCUCUCCAGAGAUAUUUGAUCGGGUUUAAGUCCGGGCUCUGUCUGGGCUACUCAAGGACAUUCAGAGACUUGUCACGAAGCCACUCCUGCAUUGUCUUGGCUGUCUGCUUAGGGUCGUUGUCCUGUUAGAAGGUGAACCUUCACCCCAUUCUGAGUGCAUGAGUGCUCUGGAGCAGGUUUUCAUCAAGGAUCUCUCUGUACUUUGCUCCGUUAAUCUUUCCCUCGAUCCAGACUAGUCUCCCAGUCCCUGCUGCUGAAAAACAUCCCCGCAGCAUGAUGCUGCCACCACCAUGCUUCACCGUAGGGAAGUUUCCUCCAGACGUGAUUCUUGGCAUUCAGGCCAAAGAGUUCAAUCUUGGUUUCAUCAGACCAGAGAAUCUUGUUUCUCAUGGCCUGAGAGUCCUUUAGGUGCCUUUUGGCAAACUCCAAGCAGGCUGUCAUGUGCCUUUUACUGAGGAGUGACUUUGGUCUGGCCACUCUACCAUAAAGGCCUGAUUGGUGGAGUGCUGCAGAGAUGGUUGUCCUUCUGGAAGUUUCUCCCAUCUCUGCAGAGGAACUCUGGAGCUCUGUCAGAGUGACCAUCGGGUCCCCGAUUGCCCAGUUUGGCCAGGCGGCCAGCUCUAGGAAGAGUCUUGGUGGUUCCAAACUUCUUCCAUUUAAGAAUGAUGAGGCCACUGUGUUCUUGGGGACCGUCACGUCAAUGCUGCAGAAACGUUUUGGUAUCCUUCCCCAGAUCUGUGCCUUGACACAAUCCUGUCUCAGAGUUCUACAAACAAUUCCUUCAACCUCAUGGCUUGGUUUUUGCUCUGACGUGUACUGUCAACUGUGGGACCUUAUAUAGAAUAUAUUAUCAAAAGUGUCUAAAAACCUGUUUUGUUUUGUCAUUAUGGGGUAUUGUGUAUAGACUGAUACGGGCAUCUUCCACAAAAUGUGGAAAAAGGGAAGGGGUCUGAAUACUUUCCGAGUGCACUGUAUGCAUAGGCCUACAUAUUGACAUUGUUUGAGUUUGUAUAAAGAGGACACUCAAACUGUGGCACUUGCCAUAGAGAAAAGAAAUGGCCUAUUACAGGAGAGAAGUCUUACACUCUUCACUUACACAAGGGGACAGGCAUUUUCCUAACAGUGUAAUUUUAUUGUAGCCUAUCCCUGCUUUCUUUGAGGUUUUGUAAAUCUAAGUGGUUAAUGUGACCAGCCCUUUCUCACUCCGCCUAUUCCAUAGGCUUCCUGUCACCUUGCGUUAUUCUUCUAUCCUACUGAUUUUACAUAACAUGACCUUGUUUUCCUACCCAGUGUACCACUUCUCUUUCAAAUUGGAUUGAGAUGUAUUCAAUUCUAUUUUGAUCUAUUAUUUAAAAAAAGUUGGACUGAUGUGUUGAUGGUUUGUUUUCCUGUCCCUUAUUGCUGGAGGCAAAUGAGGAGGCAGAUGAGAGCAAUAAAUGAUGCACUCUCCAAAAUGGUAACAGUUGACUACACUGAAUUCACAACUCAAUAUUUCUAUCCAUCUUUCUAUGACAACUUAAAUUCAUAUUUUAAUCUAGAACUUUUAUCUUUCUACUGGCCAUGGACUGUAACAGGAAUAGAUCGUUAUACCCGACAUAACUAGAAUGUUAUGCAGAAGAGCCAGUAUUUUUGUAGAAAAAGCACACUAAAUAAAACAAAGACUCAGAAGAUGAUUACUUCUCAUUGAACACAGACACAACUUAACAGAAAUGGUGCAGGGAACUGAGCAGUUAGCAUCUCAACUGGUGUUAAACUCAGUUUGGCUUCUUUAUCUCUUUCUUCCCCACACAGAGGGCCUUUUGCACCUUUUACCAAGAAACAAAACUUAGCUAACAGAAAAUGUCUCUUACUCAAGGCAUUGGUUAAUUAUUUUCAGAAUAUAUUUUGUUUUAGGCCAAGAAAAUGUAGAAGAAGUUAAAAGAUUGAACUUUUGAACUUGGAGCUAAAUGUGUCAGAGCUUUAUACAUGAUUACAAUUACAGUAUAAUUAAUUAAGUUUAUACCAUGGCGUUGUUGAAUACUCGUUUCUGAUUGACUUGAAUGGCAUUUUAAAACGUGCAUUAUUUCCCUAUAAUCAAACGUUAUAUUUGCACAGUAGAAUUCAAUGGCUGUAGUUCAUUCUUACAUGUUCUAUGUUUAGCUGCUUUUGAAAGCAAAAGUUGAAUUGAAAACAUUACUGGCAUUGCUGAAUUCGAUUUUCAUAAUAGCAAGCUAGUACAAAUGGUUUGGUUAGCUAAACUAGAAAGUCUGUUUGUUUGUUUACCAAGGCAACUACUGUCGCUAUCUAGUAAACUUACUAGCUGCUUCAGUGAAUCUGGAACAUUUUUCUACCGGCAAAUUAACACAUUUAUACUGGUAAAUGUGCUAAGUUACAGCCCCAGAAUAAAAGGGAUAAUCAAUUUGGGGCUCUAUGCAUUCUCUGGAAAAAAAUGCAAUGCAGUGGAAGGUUAGCUCCACUCUGCUAGGGAGUUAUGGAACACAUCUUUCACGUCGUUCAUUAUUUCCCACAUAACAAAUAGUCCCUAGUUGAUUAUCCCUUACAUAUUCUAGUGUGGCAGAAAAUAACAAGUGAAUUAAACUAGAUGCUCCAUCUCAUACACUACAUGACCAAACGUAUGUGGACACCUGUUCUUUGAACAUUUAAUUUCAAAAUCAUGGGCAUUAACAUGGAGUUGGCCCCCCCUUUGCUGCUAUGACAGCCUCUACUCUUCUGGGAAGGCUUUCCACUAAAUGUUUGAACAUUGCUGCGGGUAUUUUCUUCCAUUCAGCCACAAGAGCAUUAGUGAGGUCGGGCACUGAUGUUGGGCGAUUAGGACUAGCUCGCAGUCGGCGUUCCAAUUCAUCCCACAGGUGUUCUAUGAGGUUGAGGUCAGGGCUCUGUGCAGGCCAGUCAAGUUCUUCCACACCGAUCUUGACAAACCAUUUCUGUAUGGACCUCGCUUUGUGCAUGGUGGCAUUGUCAUGCUGAAACAGGAAAGGGCCUUCCCCUAACUGUUGCCACAAAGUUGGAAGCACAGAAUUGUCUAGAAUGUAUGCUGUAGCGUUAAGAUUUCCCUUCACUGGAACUAAGGGGCCUGGCCUGAACCAUGAAAAAGAUCCCCAGACCAUUAUUCCUCAUCCACCAAACUUUACAAUUGGCACUAUGCAUUCGGGCAGGUAGUGUUCUCCUGGCAUCCACCAAACCUAGAUUUGUCCAUCGGACUGCCAGAUGGUGAAGCGUGAUUCAUUACUCCAGAGAACGCGUUUCCACUGCUCCAGAGUCAAAUGGAGGCAAGCUUUACACCACUCCAUCCGACGCUGCUCGGCCAAGGAAACCCAUUUCAUGAAGCUCCCAACAAACAGUUAUUGUGCUGAUGUUGCUUCCAGAGGCAGUUUGGACCUCAGUAAUGAUUGUUGCAACCAAGGACAGACGAUUUUUACCCGCUACACCAGGGCUGCCCAACCCUCUUCCUGGAGAUCUACCAUCCUUGGACUGAAAACCUACAGGACAGUAGAUCUCCAAGAAGAGGGUUGGGCAGCCCUGCGCUACACGCUUCAGCACUCGGCGGCCCGUUCUGUAAACUUGUGUGGCCUACCACUUCGCGGCUGAGCCAUUGAUGCUCCUAGACGUUUCCACUUUACAAUAACAGCAAUAACAGCGCUCUAGCAGGGCAGACAUUUUACGAACUGUCUUGUUGGAAAGGUGGAAUCCUAUGACGGUGCUACGUUAAAAGUCACUGAGAUCUUCAAUAAGGCCAUUAUACUGCCAAGGUUUGUCUAUGGAGAUUGCAUGGCUGUGUGAUCCAUUGUAUACACUUGUCAGUAAUGGGUGUUGCUGAAAUAGACGAAUCAACUCAUUUGAUGGGGUGCCCACAUACUUUUGUAUAUAUAUUGUAUGUGCCCUCAUAAACCAGUCCUGGUUGUUUUCUAGGCCCUUCACACAACACUGCCAUUGUUUGCCUGGACUUACUACUUGAUGAUUUAGUAGAAGGAUAGCACUGGCUGUUCUCAAACACAACAAAAAUCAUACAGGAAUCAUAGUGAUCCCAUCCUGACCUGGUUCGGUGUCAGAUUCGAGGGAGACGGACGUAGUCCAUCCUGCCUAAGCAGGUUUUACCCACAAUCACCUUAGCAAGGAACCCUGUGUCUUCGUCUCCCUUCAGCCCUCUGACGGAGUAGUGGUGGGCUCGCUGGGAAAAACGGGCAAAGUAAAUGCCAUGGCUGUGACGGCUAGUGGGUCUCGCCACACUAGCAGUCUCUAUUGCACUCCAAACUGCACACUCCACACUGCAACUGGAUCCUGGACUUCCUGACGGGCCGCUCUCAGGUUGUAAAGGUAGGUAACAACAUAUCCACCACGCUAAUCCUCAACACAGGGGCCCCUCAGGUGUGUGUGCUCAGUACCCUCUUGUACUCCCUGUUCACUCAUGACUGCAUGGCCAGGCACGACUCCAACACCAUCAUUAAAUUUGCCGAUGACACAACAGUGGUAGGCCUGAUCAACGACAAUGAUGAGACAGCCUAUAGGGAGGAUGUCAGAGACCUAGCCAUGUGGUGCCAGGACAACAACCUCUCCCUCAACGUGAUCAAGACAAAGGAGAUGAUUGUGGACUAGAGGAAAAGGAGGACCGAGCACGUCCAUUCUCAUCGACGGGGCUGCAGUGGAGCAGGUUGAGAGCUUCAAAUUCCUUGGUGUCCACAACACCAACAAACUAACAUUGUCCAAUCACACCAAGACAGUCGUGAAGAGGGCACAACACCUGUUCCCCCUCAGGAGACUGAAAAUAUUUGGCAUGGGUCCUCAGAUCCUCAAAAGGUUCUACAGCUGCACCAUCGAGAGCAUCCUUACUGGUUGCUUCACUGCCUGGUAUGGCAACUGCUCAGCUUCCGACCGCAAGGCACUACAGAAGGUAGUUCGUACGGCCCAGUACAUCUCUGGGGCCAAGCUUCCUGCUAUCCAGGACCUCUAUACCAGGCAGUGUCAGAGGAAGGCCCUAAAAAUUGUCAAAGACUCCAGCCACCCUAGUCAUAGACUGUUGUCUCUGCUACCGCACAGCAAGCGGUACCGGAGCAUCAGGUCUAGGUGCAAGAGGCUUCUGAACAGCUUCUACCCCAAGCCAUAAGACUCCUGAACAUCUAGUCAAAUAGCUACCCAGACUAUUUGCAAUGCCCCCUUCCCCCUCCCCCCUCCCCCCCUCUUUACACCAAUGCUACUCUCUGUUGUGAUCUAUGCAUAGUCAAUUUCAUAACUCUACCUACAUGUACAUACUACCUCAGCUAACCAGUGCCCCCGCACACUGAUUCUGUAUCGGUACCCCCCUGUAUAUUGUCUUGCUAUUGUUAUUUUACUGCUGCUCUUUAAUUACUUUUUACUUUUAUCUCUUAUUUUUAUCCAUAUUUUAUUGAAACUGCAUUGUUAGUUAGGGGCUCGUAAGUAAGCAUUUCACUGUAAGGUCUACACCUGUAGUAUUUGGCGCAUGUGAGAAAUACAAUAGAAUAGAAACUUCCCACUUGCUACCUGGUCGGCAUAAACUGCAUGCUGCAGUGCUCUCUCAGCGCACCCACACACACUUUAGGCCCUUCCCACCACUCACUCACUCAGCAACAGCCUGCCUCACUGCGUGAUAGUCGCAGCAGACGGUCACAGUGAAAUAUAUAUAUUUAUGUUAAAUGCUAUGUGUGAACGCUGCGUGUAACAAAUCCGGUAUCAGGAUAAAUAAAAAGCAAGGUCUGCUAACUUUCUUUAAUUAUGUUAAAUUAACACAAACAAUGAAUGGCAAAUGCAAUUUUCGUAUAUACGGGUUCGCUGUAUCUCCGCGCAGGGUAUAACAGGGAACUGGCAGGGAGUACGUAAACAGCUGUUCUUAUACCGUGAUGACGUAGUUCCAACGCGUCUGUUGGCCUAUCACAGUAGAGGCUGAGCGCGGUUUAGACUUUGCUCCGCCUUUGCUGGCCCUCGGACUUGUCCAAGUCCCUUAGUGCUGUCCUUUGUCCACAUCUGGUUGCUGGGUAGAUUAGCUCCGUCUUGUGUCUGUCAAUUCUACACUGAAACAGUUCCUAAUAUGGUAUUGUCCAGUACCCUACCCUCCCUGGUUGGCUUAGAGAGAUGCACCCCUCCCCUCUCCAGAUGGACCACAGCUUUUAUGACCUGUGUUGGUCAGUCCUUACACACAUCUGUAUUGUUUGUGUGUGUGUAACAAAACAAUAUGGUAGCAGGCUAUAGUGCAUAAACAUAAAUCCUAACAUAUGGCGGCCGUGAUGUGACUUAGAAGUAGCCCGCAACCAAUACAUUUUAAACCGCGACAAUGUUUUCAAAGUAGCCGAAAUGACAACCCUGUAUGUGUCAAAUUCCCGCAGUUUCACCCCCAAAAAAGGAAAACGCCCGCCCGAAAGACAGACACGUGAUGUUGAUUGAUACAAGUUGGGUGAAGGUUGUUGUUUGUAAUAUGUCUAUAAUUUGUUUGUUGUAUUGUUUUAUGUAAUAGGCUACUUUAGCCUGCACUACAUGGCUCAAUGUUAUAUAAACAAAACACUUUCCCCCAGUAGCUAGAAUUGAGUAUUAAUUGAAUAUUAAUGUGCAUGGAUGCUGUUGUGCUACUACCUAUUGUUUAGGCGUAGAUGCGUGUCAGGUAACGUUAAGCUUGCUAGCGUUCUUACUCCUCUAUUUAAUUGUGGUGUUAUUUGAGGUAGCCUAGGAAUAACGCUGAAUUUAUUUGAUGAGGAUGUAUGUGAGGAUGUAUGUAUAUGAAUGUGCGUCAAAGCUACAGUUAUCCCUGUUUUGACAGUGCAAUUUUCUGAAUUUAGUUUUGUAUUAUAAAACAAUGUGACUGUAAAUGAAAUAAAGUGUUCAUGACCGCCAUUGCAUGAUUUUCUAUUUUGACAGUGUGUUUCUUAUUGAAGCAGGCCUAAUGGAAGACAUUAAUCAGGUGAUCUGCCAAGGAAGUGGAGAACCGUAGCCCAGCUGUCAAACUCAAGAUCCAUGUCUGUCCUCCCUUAGCCAGGCAACUCCCACCACCCCAGCACAUGUCUCCAUACCAAAAGCAGGACACCCCACCAUCCUAACACCAGAGCUUAUCCCAGGAGACCCCAUACAGCUAUGGCUCUAUCCUCCCAGCAGCCUCCACUCAACACCAGACAGGUCCGACCUCCAAAAACAGCUCCAACAACCAGGCAGGUCCAGCAGCCAAUGACGGCUCCAAAAACCAGGCAGGUCCGGCAGCCAAUGACGGCUCCAAAAAUCAGGCAGGUCCGGCAGCCAAAGACGGCUACCACAACAAUUCCGGUCCGGCAGCCAAAUACGGCUCCCACAACAAGGCAGGUCCGGCAGCCAAAUACGGCUCCCACAACAAGGCAGGUCUGGCAACCAAAUACGGCUCCCACAACAAGGCAGGUCUGGCAACCAAAUACGGCUCCCACAACAAGGCAGGUCCGGCAACCAAAUACGGCUCCCACAACAAGGCAGAUCCGGCAACCAAAUACGGCUCCCACAACAAGGCAGGUCUGGCAACCAAAUACGGCUCCCACAACAAGGCAGGUCCGGCAACCAAAUACGGCUCCCACAACAAGGCAGGUCCGGCAACCAAAUACGGCUCCCACAACAAGGCAGGUCCGGCAACCAAAUACGGCUCCCACAACAAGGCAGGUCCGGCAACCAAAUACGGCUCCCACAACAAGGCAGGUCCGGCAACUAAAGACGGCUCCAACAACCAAAAACAUAUCUAAAACCCAGAACCAGAGGGCUUCCAGUGCCCAUAAGGUUAAAUGCCCUAAAUCCUCCUGUGCCCAGCAGAAGCAGCCCAGAGUACCCAAGCCUGGGGGCUCUGUCCAACCUGUGACCAAUAAUGUCAAGCCCCAACUGAGAUCCCAGCCCCAGAGACCAUAUACACGGUCCCAGCACAGACACCAGCCACAGGCCCAGUGUCCACAGCCCUAUUCCAUCAAAACUCGAUCCUCCACCCGAAGCUCAGCUAAGACUCCCAACUGCCCUUCAACCAAACCUAAGCCUUCCAUUCCACCUAAAUCUAAUUCGCCCAAAACUGCCAACCUCAUUUCCCGGCACAACGCCUGGAACAUGCCCCCAUGACACCACCCCCAGUCAUAUGAGAGCAUUAUGAUCUGUGAUCACUUCCUGCUGGGGUACUGCCGCAAGAGGGAGAGGUGCCACCUGUACCACACGCAGUACCCCUUCCACUGGCAGCUGAAGAGGACUGACACCCCGGUGUGGGUCAGCCUGGAACCCAGCUGAAAGCAGAACAUUGGUUCUGUGACCCGGAUAAGGAAAGGGUCUACCUGACACAUGGGUGAGUGAGUGGCACGAGGUAGAUGUUGCCUUCCUCCACAGAUCUUCAGAUGACCCUGGCCUAUAUCCCGAUUUCUAACCAUGAGAAAAUGUCUGGCCCUGUAUCAAUGGUAAGGGGCAACUUCUACCUUAUCAGAGUGGGUAUAGUUAACAGACUUGAGCUAAUUACUUGAGGUUGGAGCUUGCAGCUUUAGGAUUAUUCCAUUGAUUCCUUUAAAAUGGGUAGCUAAAGUAUUUGACCCAGGUCUGAUGGGUAAUGGUAAUGUUAUGUGAAGGAAUGUAAGUCUUUCCUCUCUUAAUAAUCAUUCACAUUUGAAAAGAAAAGAACUACUCCCUCAGACAGCUCUUCUUCUAGGACUCUCAAGGACCAACUCUGCCUGAACUUUGUCUCACUGAUGGUGGAGAAUUCCACUGUGUACAGCCAAGUCAGGAGGCUGUCCAACACCACUGGCCCAGAGCUGAACCCUCACUUCCCAACACAGUGGCGCUUUUCUUCUGGGAAUCUGACUUUGGCUGGGAAGCCUAUGGCGAAGUGUGUCCCACCCACCAAACUCAGUUCUCCCUCUUGUGGUGUUUUUACUUCAUGUUUGGUGUGAUGAAGUGAAAGUCUACUUGCCAUCUCAAAUUUGACAAAGCAAUUUUCAUUUGUUUAGAGAAGUUCUUAGCCCUCAGUCUGUAGAUGGCUUUCGUCUCUUCCUUUCCUUGAUGACCUCUGAUGGAUGAAAUGGAUUGCUAGAACAUGUCCUGACCUUUGAAGUGACCUAUGACUCCUUUGGAGUAGAUUGACUCUAAUAACGGAUACUGGAUCAGCUAUUUAAGCAAAUGUCUACUGGUCUACAGAACUAGGGCUAGUAAAAUCUACAGAACUAGGGCUAGGGAAAUCUACAGAACUAGGGCUAGGGAAAUCUGUUUCUAGAUCUGUGGUUUGGGGCUGACUUCAUCCUCCUCCCCUGUACCACCUAGUUGAACCUUGAGCUCAUGCUGGACUGUCUUAGUAAGGGUCAGGACAGCUGCUGGCUGGGUAAAGACUGGGCCUGUGUAAAUCUCAAGAUGCUUACCGAGAAAAAGUUCAUCAGACUCCACCCACCGCAUCAGAUGCAGACCCACCUUCCGCUCGCCAGACUCCCUAAGACAACACCUCAGGACACUCCCAGUUGGACAGGUAACCCUCCCCAGUCUUGAGGUGGACCCUAUGGAUAAUUUCAGCUGCCGGUACACACUGAUGUGGACCCUGAGUCCAGGGAACCCCUUUUCCAUGCUGGAGGUUCCUCCUGGGCCGCUGGUUUACAGGACGGUUCACGACCUGUUCCACAGAACCAUGCCAGAGAGCCAGGCCCAGAUCACCUUCCAUUGGGACAUGUAUAGAAUGCAGAAGCAGCACAUGGAGGACACGCAGGACAAUUGUAGCGUGCUCCUGGAGAGACACCUGUUCCAUGGAACAUGCGAGAGCGCCGCCAUGGACAUCUGCCGACAGAACUUCGACCCUCGUGUGGCGAAACCCACUAGUCAUUACGGCCGUGGCGUUUACUUCGCCCAUGAAGCUUUUCGGUCCCGCCUCUACUCCAUCAGAGGGCUGGGAGGAGACUUUACAGACUGUGGGUUCAUGUUCCUGGCUAAGGUGCUUGUGGGUAAAGCCGGUGUAGGAAAGAUUGACUAUGUCCUUCCCCCUCGACUCCACAAACCCAAGUCAGGACGGCAUCACUACGAUUCCUGUGCGGAUCAGAAGCAUCCUACGAUAUUUGUGUUUGACAACAGCCAGUGCUACCCCUACUACCUCAUCAAGUACAAAGUCCUGGCAAUCAAUCGCAGUGCUGUGUGAAGGGCAUAUAAAACAUAACCAGGAAGGGUUUAGGAGGGCACAUUAUUUUGGAUGGAGUAUUGUUCACUUUACACUUAUUUACAUUUUCACUCAAAAUUGGACAGCCAGUUACUUGCGACACUGAAAUGUACUAUAACAAUGUUCAAUUAACUAUUAGGUCAAGAGUUCAAGACUUGUGGAUUGAUUGGUUUCUUUUGUUGCCUUUUAAUUUAAGUCACUCAACAUUUAGUCUAUUUGUAGAACUAUAAUGAAAACAAUGUUAGACAUGUUCUUUCUUUUGGUAAAAGGCCCUCUGUGGAAGAAAUGGAUAAAGAAGUCAAACUCUUCCUAACAGCUAAAUUUCUUCCAUCAUCUCUGUUAAGUUGUCUGUGUUCAAUGAGAAGUAAAAUAAACUUUAUCUGAUA